UAAACACACUGCAAAUUCAGUUCUUUUUCCUGUGCGCUUGUGGAAAAAGGAGAUGGACCAGUGUAAGACUUGGAUUAUCACUUGCUUUUGUCUUCAACUACUCCUGCUUCAUCCUCUUGUCAAAGCCCAGAGUUCCUGCGGGAAUCCAGUGACAGAUGAUGUGAAUGACAUUGCAAAAUUGGUUGGAAAUCUCCCAAAUGACUAUAUGAUAACCCUUAAAUAUGUCCCGAAGAUGGAUAGUCUGCCUAAUCACUGUUGGUUGCAUUUGAUGGUGCCUGAAUUUUCAAGGAGUCUACAUAAUCUUCUCCAGAAAUUUUCAGAUAUUUCAGAUAUGUCUGAUGUUUUAAGCAACUACUCAAUCAUCAAUAAUCUCACAAGGAUAAUUAAUGAUCUUAUGGCAUGUCUAGCUUUUGAUAAAAAUAAGGAUUUUAUAAAAGAACAUGGUCAUCUUUAUAAAGAAGGUCGCUUCAUUCCUGAGGAAUUUUUUAGGCACUUUAAUAGUACCAUUGAGGUCUAUAAGGAGUUUGCAGACACGUUGGAUCAAAAUGACUGCAUUCUGCCUUCGACAGUAGAAACACCAGAGAAUGAUUCCAGAGUCGCUGUCACAAAAACAUUUUUGUUUCCUCCUGUUGCUGCCAGCUCCCUUAGGAAUGACAGCAUUGGCAGUAACACUAACAGUAACAAAGAAGCACUUGGCUUUAUUAGCAGCUCCAGCCUGCAAGGGAUCAGCAUAGCACUGACAUCACUGCUGUCUCUUCUUAUUGGCUUUAUUUUGGGAGCCAUAUACUGGAAGAAAACACAUCCGAAAUCCAGAGCAGAAAGUGAUGAAACUACACAGUGUAAUGACUGUCAAGAGGAAAAUGAGAUAAGUAUGUUGCAGCAAAAAGAAAAAGACCAUCUACAAGUGUAGCUGUUACUUUUUCUCCCUCAACACUGUUACUGUUUCAUGUACUGCAGGUAACAGUUCCAUGUUCGCUUCAUAAAUGAAGCAGCUUUAAGCGCAUUCGUAUUCCUUCUGGAGUGACAGACUGAGUCUGCAUCUGUUGUUGCUGCCCAUGACUCCAUAGACGUGCUAUAGAAAUGAGGACAAUUUAUGUUUGUUACUGUGAAACCAACACUGAAUUGAACAACAUUGAGAAAAGUGUGCACUGAGCAGGACUCUAUUUUAUGUGAAUAUGUACCUUGUGUGGCAUUUGGGGAUUUUUAUUUACAUUAAUACUUGCAGCUGAUUCUGACAAACAAAGUCCUGAACAAAAAGCAUCUUUCAAAUGCCUCCAACUAUGUAUAAUCAUUGAAAGUCGUAAAUAUGUGUGCAUCCUUAAUUUAAAUUCUGUGUCCUCUUCCUUACCUUGGUGUCUUCAAAUGGAGUUCUCUGAACUGACAGAAAACGCAGAAAUGGAUACAGAUAAAAUGCUCUUCAAUUUUGUAUAUACAACUUGAAAGUAAAGUCAAGCCAUGGACGAGUGUACUAGCCUUUUACUUAUAAGGAACUGGGUUUAUGUCUGGCAAAGGUCUCGUGUACGGCAACAUGUGGUCUCUGUCGGGUGCCAGGUGGCUGUGUGCCCACCCCAGAAAGCUUCAAGAAUUCAUCAAGGUUGAUGGUUUCUGUUCAGGAGGAGCAAUACUGGAUGAAGAAAAAGUAA